CCCUUGAAUUGUUGCAGGCAUUUUAACUGUUGAUCCAGCAAAUAUAAUUCCAAAAUGGAUGGGGAACGUUUUGUUUCUCACCUGAAGUCCCUUGGAGUUCCUGGAGCAGAUGCUUUAGUAGGCAGUAAUUAUGACUGGCUAUUCCUAACAGAGCAGGGUUCUCCAUUAGCAACCUUUUUUGAAUGGUUCUGUGGAAACAUCUUAUCCAGUGAUGUUUUGUCAGAGAAUGAAUUGAAAAAUUAUGAUGCAGCAGUUUCUAGAGGGGAAAUAUUGACAAGUCAUCAGCUGGAAGAGAUGGAGGCCUGUUUUUCAUGUUUACCAAGCUUGAGCAAUGCUUGUCAGGAGGAAGAUCAGACAAACAUUAUAUCACCUAUCAAAAGGAAAGGACUAGAGUUGCAACUAGAUAUUUUAACAAGGAGGAAAAAAUCAUUAAGUACACACAAAAUGGAGCUGAGAGAGGAUGUAUAUUCUGCAAGUGAAAGUGUAAAGGAAGCUGAAGCAGCCUUUAAAAACCAACAGGAAGCAGUAAUAAAUGCCAGUCGACAUCUAUCAGAGUCUCACAGGAACUUGGCCUCAAGCUUGGACAAACUCUCUGAAAUUUUUAUUAAUUUUGACAAGAUGACUGAGGAAGAUGCAAGGUUCAUUUCACAAUUAGACCUUGCUGAAUGGCACCAAGAAGAAGCAAAAUUUACGGAGAUGUUAAAGGGAUAUAUAAAAAAACAGUUUAGAGAGGGUGUUAAAAUAGUAGCCGGAGUAGAGGAUUCUACAGAGUACUGUCUCUUGGAUACAGACAAUCUUGAUAUGCAUUUGGUACGAGGUGCUGGAAAAUUAGAGUACAUGCAAAAUGUAAAUGAACUUAAUAGACUUGAUGAACUGUUGCGACAGACUGAAGAGGGACGUCUAGAUGGGCUGAUUUUGCAAGCAAGACGGCAGGCAGAGGUUGAAGAAGCUAACCGGCUUUUGUCAGCAAUUCACAGAAAAAAACUUCCAACAGCUUUACCCAUGAUACAACAGCAAACCACAGAAGCUUUGAAUUCUCGAAUGCUGCUAAGUCAUGAAAUGCAGCAGCAGCACCAAAUUCUCCAGUCACUUGUAGCAGAGGUGGCACAGUUAGAAAGUACAAAAACAAUUAGUGGUAAUUAUCAGUUGAAAUGCAAGCGCCAGGAAUAUUUUCUUGAAAAGCAGAAAAUAGUUAUGGAUCAGCUGAUAUCUCAACUGGCAAGACAUGAUUGGAUUAAGAUAGCCCUAGAUGUUGAGAGUGACAUGAUCAGUGACAUUCUCCAGGUUUUGAAGACCAUCAAUUCAGUAUUGUCUGAUGAAGACAACAGUUACAGAGAAAGGAUGAGUCGAAUGGACAGAAUGAUUCAAGAGCACAGUAAAGAGAAAGCAACUGGCCAGCUUCCCCCACCUCUAGUCACUCUAGCACAGUUGCCACCAUUAUCAAACUCUCAAGUGGGAAGUGAAUCCCAUCAUCAUGAUCCCCCUAAUGGAGAUAAUUUGUUAAAGCAAGUCAAGUCACUGAAUAAAGCUUUAACAGUUGCCAGGGAACAGAUUUAUGCUGCUAGAAACCCUCAGUUCUCACGACUUAGUAGGAUGGUUAUGAACUGUGAACUUCUUGAGAUAGGUCUAUUUGGAAAAGCUGGAAGCCUCAAAACACUGCCUUUUACUUGGCUUGACCCAAAACUUGUUGAGAAAUACACAAACCUUGAACAAGAGGAAUGGAAGUUGACGCAGAAAGUUUUACAUCUGCUUAGUCAAUAUGAAGAAAAGAAAAGGUUAUUGUUGCAGAUUGAACCAACAUUACGCAAAGAGAUGAUACAGUGGACGACUGAUGUAGUAAAUGCUCUUAGGUAACUAGCAUUAUCUGUAUUGGCAUUACUGCUGUAUAUUCAGAUAUAUCAGUGGCUUAACCACAAUAGUUAUGAUUAUUAUGGGUAGAAUUAAGCAUCUUUGAAACAUGGGUACUUUUUAACUUUUUUACACUGCAGGAGAGAUUUGAUGAAACAUGGGUACUUUUUAACUUUGUAACACUGCAGGAGAGAUUUGAAUCUUUCUAAAGUUGAGUUUUGGUCAUAGGUAAGCAUUCUAGCAUCCUUUGAUAUCAGAUGUCUGAUUGAUGGUAUUAGUUUCAUUGCUCUUGCCUGUGCUGCUUCUAACUUUUCUGUGUCCUUCCUCUUAUAUACUAGUACUUGUACACAACAUACUGUAUUGUAAGUGGGGUUGAAGUUAGUAUUGUCUCCUUGUUCUUAAGUGGUAAAGUAAUACAGUUUAUAAUAAUAUAUCUGGGCUUUCUUUUCAACUUUUAUACAUUGCUUAAAGAACUGUUAGUCACCGUUUUAUUUUUUUAAACAGGUAUGAUUAAAGUUGUGUAAAUAUUAUAUGGAAUGUUUGUUGCUGAUGACAAAGUU